AUGGCUAAUGGCAUAGAUAAUAUUACAGUAACAACGAUCAGAAGCCAAGAACCCACUCGUCAUAUUGCAAUCUAUUCUAAUUACUUACUGGAUUCCGUGGAGCAGGAUACUUUUUUGCAGAGCAUUAAAAAGGAAACUGGUGACAUCAGAGCUGUUUAUCCUUAUAUCUCGGCGAGCGUUACUAUUAUUUCUUACUACAGCCUUUUAGAUGCUCAACGGUGUUUAGAUAUCAUCGAGACACGAUACUAUCCUCAUCAAAAAUACAAUGCCUAUUAUGCUAAACCAUGUUCCAUCAACAAGAAUUUGAAUGAAAGAGUAUUUGUCGUUCUGACAACUACUGGCUCCGACUCUACCGAAAAGACCACACCUUCACUUCAGCAUUUCGAUUAUAUGGCAAGGGAAUGA